CCCGUUCUGCCCCCCUCAGCCUUUAAAAGUUUUUGCACGCCGCUCAUCCUCCCAGCUGAGCUCUCGACUGCUGACCGACCUCUGAGCUUCUUCAAGACAUGGAGCAAACUUUCAUCGCAGUGAAGCCGGACGGCGUCCAGCGAGGCCUGUGCGGCGAGAUCAUCAAGCGCUUCGAGCACAGAGGUUUCAGACUGGUCGCCUGCAAGAUGAUGCAGGCGUCUGAGGAUCACAUGAAGACACACUACGCAGACUUGAAGGACACGCCCUUCUACGCCGGACUGUGCAAGUACAUGGCGUCCGGACCCAUCCUAGCCAUGGUGUGGGAGGGGCGGAGCAUUGUUAAGCUGGCACGAAUGAUGCUGGGAGAAACCAACCCGGCCGAGUCCAGACCCGGAAGCAUCCGAGGAGACCUGUGCAUUGACAUCGGCAGGAACGUGAUCCACGGCAGCGACACAGUGGAAAACGCCAAGCGCGAGAUAGAUUUGUGGUUCAAGGCUGCCGAGAUGCUCAACUACGCCCCCUGUGCUCAAGCCUUCCUCUACGAGUAAAAUUCAAGAGCGACGGAAUGCGCUUGUCAAUAAAGCCUCAUGAGAACAGGUCA